AUGCGACUCAACACCAAAGCGAUUGUGGGAUUUGCUGCGCUCUCCCUAGCUGUCGCAGAGCACCACCACCACCACCAUCAUCGCAGGGGCAACGACCAUGCUCACGCCAACAACCUCGCCACCAGUUCUCUGAAUCUAACGGGUAAGACGGUCACAAUCACGGACAACACACGCACGUCGCCGACCUCGCUUCCUGAGAUUGUUGUCUUUGUCGACAAGAAUGGUACGCCUAUCGCCACUGCCGAGGCUAUCGUCGUCCUCGUCCCGCCUAAUAAUACGGCGUCGGCGGCGGGCCUAGCAGCCCAUCAGCCUUCUGGCACCCGCACUGUGUCUGGCCUACCAGCAGCUCCCACAGGUCCCGGCUCGCCCGUCAAUAAUGCCACGGGCUCUGGUCUCUUUGGAGUCGCGUAUGCUCCCUACAAUGCGGAUGGCAGUUGCAAGACAGCCAGCCAGAUCAUGAAGGACUUCGGCGUCAUCGGCCAGACCUACGGAUUCGUGCGUGUGUAUGGUGUCGACUGCAACCAGAUCCCCAACGUCUAUGCCGCUGCCAAGAGCAAUAAUCUCAAGGUCUUCUUUGGCAUCUUCAGCCUCGACAACCUGGGCGACCAGAUCGCCACGCUCGUGCAGGGCAUCCAGAAGGACUGGUCCAUCGUCGACACCGUCAGUAUCGGCAACGAGCUGGUCAACAACGGCCAGGCCACGCCGCAGCAGAUCAUCAACGCCCUCAAGAGCGGCAAGGCGCUGCUCCAGCAGUCGGGCUGGACCGGCCCCGUGGUGACGGUAGACACGUUUAUGGCCGUGCUCGCCCACCCGGAGCUGUGUCAGGCCAGCGACUACUGCGCGGUCAACAUCCACCCGUUCUUCGACCCCAACACGGCGCCCGGGCAGGCGGGCGUGUUCGUGGCCAACCAGGUGCAGAACAUCCGCAACAAGCUCGGCAACCCGUCGGCGCGCGUGCGCGUCACCGAGUCGGGCUGGCCCUGGCAGGGGUCGGCCAACGGCCAGGCGGUGCCGGGCGUCGACCAGCAGGCGGCUGCCCUGAGCAGCAUCCGCGCGGCGUUCAGCAACAACCCGCACGACAUGGUGCUGUUCUCGGCGUUCAACGACAUGUGGAAGGCGGCUGCCCCGCCGACGUUCUAUGCGGAGCAGUACUGGGGGAUAGGAACCGCCAAUGCUCCUUCGGCAUGA